AGAGAGAAAAACUUUCUUCAGUUGACCGAAUUUUCAUUGCUCUGGCCAUCUCCAGAAUAGCUUUGCUCUGGACAUGACAAGUUUACUAUCAAGCAUCCUUUCCGUCGUAGUCAUGACAUCGUUUGUUCUUGGGAAUUCUGCCAAUAUCUUCAUAGCUAUGGGGAACUGCCUAGACUGGGUCAAGAGUCACAAGGUCUCCACCGCGGAUGGGAUUCUCACUGCUCUGGCUGUCUCCAGAAUUGGUAUGCUCUGGUUGAUACUACUAAACUGGUGUUCCACAGUGUUGAACCCAGCUUUAGUCACAUCUGAAGUGCAAAUGAUAAUCAGUAAUACCUGGACAGUAACCAACCAUUUUAACCUCUGGUUUACUGCUAUCCUGAGUUUAUUUUAUUUGCUGAAGAUAGCCAAUUUCUCCAACCUUGUCUUUCUUCAUCUGAAGAACAGAGUUAAGUAUGUCAUUGUGCAGAUAAUGCUGGUGAAUUUUGUCUUUUUGGUUUGUCAGCUUGCUGUGCUAAAUAUAGACCUGAGAAUUUGGAAAAAAGAAUUGGAAGGGAAUGUUACUAGGAAGGUGGAGUUGAGAGACGCUGUCAAGAUUUCACAUAUAAGUCUAUACACGCUUCUAACUUUCAUACCCUUUGUUAUAUCGCUGAUAUGCUUUCUGCUGUUAGCCUGUUCCCUGUGGAAACAUCUCAGGAACGUGCGGCAUCAUGGCCAGGGAUUCCUCCCAUCCAGCACCAAGGUCCAUGUAAAAGCCAUGCAGACUGUAGUCUCCUUCCUUUUGUUGUUUGUCAUUUACUUUAUUAGUUUUGUCAUUUCAUUGUGGGAUUUUGAUACAUCAUUGAGUAAAACUGUCAAAAUGACUUGCCAGGCCAUUGGGAUCCUGUAUCCUGCAAACCACUCAUUUAUCCUGAUUUGGGGAAGCAAGAAGCUGAAGCAGACCUUCCUUUCAGGGCUGUGGCAGAUGAGGUACUGGAUACAGGGUCCAUCCUCCCAGCUCUCUGACCUCCGGGGUUUGCAGGAUUGA